AUGGCGUCCCGCCGCCUACUUUCCACCUCACUAUGGAGGGCCACCCAGGCCCCCCAAGCGAUAUCGCUCUCCGCCGCCGCUCGCUGGAGCUCCUCCAGCAGCUCGACCUCUGCCAUCGCAUACAAGGCCCUUCGACGCCGUGCCGCUCCUCUCCCCAUCAGCGACAGCCCGCCCGCCUGGUCCGCCCAGGCCGCCGUCUCUAACAUUCUCUACGAGACGCCCUCCCCGUCGAUGGCUCCCCCGAAGCGCCACAUCCUCAACUGCCUGGUCCAGAACGAGCCCGGUGUGCUCUCGCGCGUCUCCGGUAUUCUGGCCGCCCGCGGCUUCAACAUCGACUCGCUCGUUGUCUGCAGCACCGAGGUCGAGGACCUCUCGCGCAUGACCAUCGUCCUCACCGGACAGGACGGUGUUGUCGAGCAGGCCAGGCGCCAAUUGGAGGACCUUGUUCCCGUUUGGGCUGUCCUGGACUACACCAGCGCCGCCUUGGUUCAGCGCGAGCUUCUGCUGGCCAAGAUCAACAUUCUUGGUCCCGAGUACUUCGAGGAGCUGCUGGCUCACCACCGUGAGAUCACUGCCGCGGACGCCCACCCGGAAGAGGGCCUCGAGCAGCAGUCAUUGGAGGAGAUCGCCAAGGACUUCCACCCUAGCAAGCUGGCUGCCAGUCAGGCUCUCCGCCACAAGCACGAGCACUUGAAGUCCAUCACCUACUUCGCCCACCAGUUUGGCGGAAAGGUUCUGGACAUCAGCACCAACAGCUGUAUCGUUGAGAUUUCUGCUAAGCCCACGAGGAUCGACUCCUUCCUCAAGCUCAUUGGACCUUUCGGUAUCCUCGAGUCAGCCCGCACUGGUCUCAUGGCCCUGCCCCGUUCGCCUUUGUACGGACCGAACGAGGAGACAGUUAUCAAGGAGGCGGACGAGGUUGUUGACGCUAGCCAGCUUCCCCCUGGUUAA